ACAAGGCGCUUCUUGCAGAAGUUUCCUGUUUUCUUGAAGGUUCCUUAAGCCGCAAGGAGAAUGGAAUAACCGUUUUCCUGAUUCAUUUAACUUUUUCACGACUGACGUCCAUGGAGAGUGGUGGUGGGGGCUUUAUGGGAGGAAAGGCGGCUACUGGCGGUGGUCGUGCUGCUGCUGGAAGAGGGAGAGGGAGAGGAAUGAAUAAUGAUAAUAGUGGAUGCACUGGUGGUGGCCGCGGUGGUUAUCAGUAUCGUACUCAUUAUCAUCAACAGCAGCAUGGUCAGAGUGGGGUUUCAAGCCAAGAUAACUCCAGUUAUGGUGGCCGUGGUGGUGCUGGUGGUUAUGGCUGCCGUGGUGGUGAUGGUGCUGGCCGCGGUGGUGGUGGUGCUGGGGGUAGAUUCAGCGGUAGUAGUGGAAGAGGAGGACGAGGACGACGAGGGAGCAGCAGGGGAUCUGCCAGUAGCCAAGAUAUAGCAGCCAUUAACCCUGAACAUACUGUUCAACAAAUGCAGCCAUUAAACCUUUCUCGACAAGAUAACAGCAGUGGCAAAAAUAAUAUCCGGACGAUUAGCCUUCGUGUUAAUCAUUUUCUGCUAAGCUUCGACCCAGAAAGCAUCAUCAGGCACUAUGAUUUUUCCAUUAAACCAGAUGUACCUGCAAGGAAUAGUUUGCCUAUGAAGGUGCCAAAGACCAUUCUAUCCAUGAUACGGAACAAGUUAUUCUCAGAUGACCCUACCCGCUUCCCCUUGUCAAUGACUGUAUAUGAUGGUGAGAAGAACAUUUUCAGUACAGUUUCAUUACCCACAGGUAAAUUUAAGGUCGAAUUAUCAAAGAAUGAAGGAAUCAGGAUCCGUUCGUUUAUGGUUGAACUCCAGCUUGUGAAUGAGCUGAAAUGUGACAAGUUGAAUGAUUAUCUUAGAGGAAGGGUGGUUUCGGUUCCUCGUGAAGUAUUGCAAGCUUUGGAUGUGGUCAUGAAGGAGAAUCCAAUGAGGCAAAUGAUUUAUGCUGGUCGAAUUUUCCAUCCUAUCAUGCCUUAUCCUGGGGAUGAUCUCAGACGUGGAAUUACAGCUUCUAGAGGAAUCAAACAUACCCUGAAGCCAACAUCCCAGGGUCUAGCCUUGUGUCUGGAUUAUUCAGUUCUGCCUUUGCUCAAGCAAAUGCCGGUCAUAGAUUUUCUCAAGGAGCAUAUUCGAGGCUUUAACUUGAACAAUUUCAGAGCUUUCAGGAGAGAAGUGGAGAGAGUUUUGAAAGAAUUGAAAGUUACUGUUAAUCACAGAACUACAGGUCAGAAAUUCAAAAUAGCAGGUUUAACCCACGAUGACACACAGGAUAUUUCAUUCGAGGUGGAUCGUAUCUCUGAGAGGAAAGUUUGGCUUGUUGACUAUUUUAAAGAAAAAUACAACAAGAAUAUUACACACAGAAAUAUACCAUGCUUAGAUUUAGGUAAAAAGAACAGGACAAAUUAUGUUCCUAUGGAGUUCUGCAGCAUAGCUAAGGGGCAGAGGUUUGCAAUGGAGGAUCUGGAUCGAAAUCAAUCCGAAAAGUUGAGGAGAAUUUCAUUAGCUUCGCCAAAGUCUAGAGAGGGCAUGAUAUGCGACAUGAUACAAUCAAGUGAUGGACCCUGUGGUGGAGAUAUCAGCCAAAAUUUUGGGAUUGGAACAGAUCUGAAUAUGACAAAAGUUACUGGUCGGGUUCUUGCGCCACCAGAACUGAAGCUUGGCAAUUCAGGAGGAAGACCAACAGCUGUUGAUAGAGACAAAUGCCAUUGGAACCUUUUCAAAAAGUCGGUAGUUCACAGCAAACCAAUUAGGCUGUGGGGAGUGCUCAACUUCGGUAGUAAUGAUCUUGAAAAAUUCAUUCCUGAGCUGAUCUCUAACAGCGAAAAACUGGGCAUUCACAUGGAUGAGCCUCUUUUCUGUUUACAUCAUCCAAUGAAUUUAUUACACAAUGUUGAUAAUCUCCAACAGCUGCUUGAAAGUGUUAAUAAUGAGUGCUAUAAGAGGAAUGGAGGGGAAUAUUUACAGAUUCUUGUUUGUGUCCUGCCAAAGGAGGAUCCUGGUUACAGCAAUCUCAAGUGGAUAUGUGAGACCAAAGUUGGCAUUGUAACUCAAUGUUGUUUAUCCGAAAAUGCAUUUAGACCAAAAGCUCAAUUUCUUGCAAAUCUAGCUUUAAAGAUCAAUGCGAAGCUUGGAGGCAGUAAUGUGGAGCUCUUCAAGCAGCCUCAAUGCUUGCAAAGUAAAGGCCAUGUUAUGUUUAUUGGUGCUGAUGUUAACCAUCCUAGCUCUUACAACUCAACAAGUCCUUCAAUAGCAGCUGUUGUUGCCACCAUGAAUUGGCCUGCAGCAAAUCAAUAUGGCGCACUGAUUUGUCCUCAAGAUCAUCGUGCAGAGAAAAUCCUGAAAUUCGGAGACAUGUGUUUAGAGCUUGUGAAUGCUUAUGCCCGGCUAAAUCAGGUAAGACCAGAGAAUAUUGUUGUAUUUCGUGAUGGAGUAAGUGAGAGCCAGUUUGAUAUGGUUCUCAAUGAAGAGUUGAAGGAUAUCAAGGCGGCAUUUGAAUCACUUGAAUACUUCCCAACCAUCACUCUUAUUGUUGCCCAGAAGCGACACACAACUCGUUUGUUUCUAGAUAGUGAUGAAGAUGAAAAUGUACCUCCGGGCACUGUGGUGGAUACAGUAAUUACAAGUCCUUCUGGGUCUGAUAUCUAUCUUUGCAGCCAUUUUGGUCAAAUUGGGACGAGCAAGCCAGCACACUACCAGGUGCUGCAGAACGAGAUCGAGUUUACUCCUAAUGAGUUGCAGGAGUUCAUUUACAGCAUUUGCUUCACCUCUGCUCAGUGCACCAAGCCUGUCUCACUUGUCCCUCCAGUGAUCUAUGCUGAUCGUGCAGCUUUUAGAGGUCGGCUUUACUACAAUGCAAUGGAGUUGCAUCAGCCUUCAGCACCUUCAACAUCAUCAUCUUCACUGGCUUCCUUUGAUGAGCAGCCUUUCAGGCUACACCCUAACCUGGAGAACUCUAUGUUCUAUAUUUGAGGUGCAAUGUCGCAGCUCAUUUAAUCAGCAACGCCAAGUUCCAUUUCCAGGAUCAUGUCUUAUGCAUACCGGAAAAGCAGUUUGUGCGUGAAUCUAAUGCCCCUUAUAAGUUUAUGUCUGUUAUUUUUCUUUUGUUUAGUGUUUUUUCGUAAUAUGAAUGAAUUGAUGAGUUCAUGUUAGUUUCUUUGUGGUUAUUUGAAUUCCAUAAAGUUCUUGUCGAAUGACUUGUAACAAUCUGUUAUAUCUGUGUCUGUGGUCGACUUGAACUCUGUUCUAGUAUUUUAUAAUACAAGUUUUUGUUAAGCAUUGCAGAAAAUCUAAA